UGAGGUGCUGUCACCUUGCUAAUCUAGAUUAACAGAAAACUCAAAUUCUUUACUUUUCAUGAUGUUAUAGAAUCUAUAAUUUUUUUUUUAUCACUUGUACCUAGCCUCCAUAGAUCUUCUUCUAACACUAUAAAUUGGAUGCUUCUACUUCCAAACCCAAUAAGAUAACCUCCACAGAAACAUUGGCCUAUACAAUCACUGAGGCAUCCAAAGUCACCUGCCUUUUUAUCCUUCUUCUCAUGGCAAGAACAUUAGAGCCUCUUAUAGUUGGAAGAGUGAUUGGAGAUGUCCUCGACUCCUUCUCUCCAGUAGGGAAUAUGACAGUGACUUACAACAACAAGCAAGUCUGCAACGGCCAUGAGCUCUUCCCCUCCACGGUUACCUGUAGGCCGAGGGUUGAGGUUCAUGGAGGAGACAUGAGAUCCUUCUUCACACUGGUGAUGACAGACCCAGAUGUCCCUGGCCCUAGUGAUCCAUAUUUGAGGGAGCACCUGCACUGGAUAGUGACAGACAUUCCCGGCACCACAGAUGCUACAUUUGGAAGGGAGAUGGUGAGUUAUGAGAUCCCAAGGCCUAAUAUAGGGAUCCACAGGUUUGUGUUUGUGCUGUUCAAGCAGAAGAGGAGGAAUACAGUGAGCCCACCAACAUCAAGGGAUCACUUCAACACUCGAAGCUUUGCUGCUAUGAACGAUCUUGGGCUUCCUGUAGCUGCGGUCUUCUUCAAUGCGCAGAGGGAAACAGCUGCAAGAAGACGUUAGAAGUCCCCACCACAGCACAAGAGAGACCAUCCACUACCGCAACAAAAUCUAAAGUACCAAAUUAUUAUAAGAUUUGUUGCUAAAUAAGCUGAUUGUGGGCGUGUAGGCCCCGAAGAAAUGCUCAAACUUAUUGCUUAGAAUAAUUAUAGUGUACACUAGAGAAAAGAGGCAUUUGUUUGUCUCUCUUUCACCUUUUUACAUAUCUUCAAAUUAAAAAGCUGUAUGGUCGUCAGAGUAAGGGUUUUAGGCUUUGUAAGAAGUUCCAUUAUCUAGUGAAUAUAAGAGUAGUAGCUACACAAGCAUGGUUGAAA